GAACAGUGGAGAUAGUGGACGGUGUGCAGCUUAGUAAAGUUUUGUGGGAUUACCGAGGACAUUUAAUUCUUGUGUGCAUUCAGAUACCUAAUAAACAACCAGGAUAUUUAAUAAAGAACAGUGUUAAACUGCUGAAAGAGGUGAAGCACAAGCCAUCCAGAAGAAUCUCCUGAAAACGCAGAAAUUGUUUGCUACAUUUCACAGACAGAUGAAGCCAAGUCCCAACAUGGAGGAACAUCAGCACUCUGUCAAGAGUUUUACUAAACAGAGUGAUCUCAAAAAACACCAGCGCAUUCACACAGGAGAGAAACCACAUCACUGCUCAGACUGUGGGAAGAGUUUUACUAAACAGAGUGAUCUCAAAAAACACCAGCGCAUUCACACAGGAGAGAAACCGUAUCACUGCUCAGACUGUGGGAAGAGUUUUACUGAACAGAGUAGUCUCAAAAUACACCAGCGCAUUCACACAGGAGAGAAACCGUAUCACUGCUCAGACUGUGGGAAGAGUUUUACUAAACAGAGUGAUCUCAAAAAACACCAGCGCAUUCACACAGGAGAGAAACCGUAUUACUGUUUCGACUGUGGGAAGAGUUUUACUGAACAGAGUAGUCUCAAACUGCACCAGCGCAUUCACACAGGAGAGAAACCAUAUUACUGCUCAGACUGUGGGAAGAGUUUUAAUCAACAGGGUCAUCUCAAACUGCACCAGCGCAUUCACACAGGAGAGAAACCAUAUUACUGCUCCGAUUGUGGGAAGAGUUUUACUGAACAGAGUAGUCUCAAACUGCAUCAGCGCAUUCACACAGGAGAGAAACCGUAUUACUGUUUCGACUGUGGAAAGAGUUUUACUGAACAGAGAAGUCUCAAAAUACACCAGCGCAUUCACACAGGAGAGAAACCGUAUUACUGCUCAGACUGUGAUAAGUGUUUUACUACACAGAGUUAUCUCAAACUGCAUCAGCGCAUUCACACAGGAGAGAAACCGUAUCACUGCUCAGACUGUGGGAAGAGUUUUACUAAACAGAGUAAUCUCAAAAAACACCAGCGCAUUCACACAGGAGAGAAACCGUAUCACUGCUCAGACUGUGGGAAGAGUUUUACUAAACAGAGUACUCUCAAUAAUCACCAGCGCAUUCACACAGGAGAGAAACCGUAUCACUGCUCAGACUGUGGGAAGAGUUUUACUCAACAGAGUCAUCUCAAAAAACACCAGCGCAUUCACACAGGAGAGAAACCGUAUCACUGUUCAGACUGUGGGAAGAGUUUUACUUUACAGAGUGAACUUAUAUUACAUCAGUGCAUUCACAAAAGAUAGAAAAGUAUCCCAAAUCUGUUCCUCUGCCAUAAAAAAUGCAAACCUUAAAUCUUUCAGACAGCCAAAAACACCUCAUCAUGCACAAAAUCUUCACUCUGUUACAAGAACUUCAUUUAAAAAUGGCUUUUUACAGGUUCAGAAAAAUGAAUCUUAUCCAGAGAUGAUGUUUACUGAAUUUCAUGCUGUGUU